CUUGGGUCAGGCUUGGAGUGCUGUGCGAGUCUUUCAGCUAGCUUAAGGUUAGUUUCCUUAUUUAAUAUUACGUCUGGAUUGUUUCCUCUGCGUACGUCGCGCGCGCUAGAUUGCCUGAAGUUAGCUGUCCACUAUGGCAUUAAGGAGAGUAUGUUGUCUACUUGGCAGACCACAGAGAUGUAUGUUGACUUCAGGGUUGAGAGCACAGAGCACUGUAGCCCAGACUCAGAGAGAGGCAGAGAAGGGUGGCGAGAAGAAGCAAGUCAAAGCAUUGAAAGCACAGUUCAACUGGCGUGAUGCCCUCAACCUGGAGACUCUGCUGACGGAAGAGGAGAUCAUGAUCCGAGACACAUUCCGCACGUACUGUCAAGAAAAACUCAUGCCACGUAUCCUGAUGGCCAACAGAAAUGAAGUUUUCAAUCGUGAGAUUUUGAACGAGAUGGGUGAGCUAGGAGUUCUGGGGCCAACCAUUAAAGGUUACGGAUGUGCUGGAACGAGCUACGUGGCGUACGGACUGAUUGCGCGUGAGGUUGAGAGAGUGGACAGCGGGUAUCGCUCAGUGAUGAGUGUGCAGUCUUCCCUGGUCAUGCACCCAAUCAAUGCCUAUGGCACAGAAGAGCAAAAGGAGAAAUACCUCCCCAGACUGGCACGGGGAGAGAUUUUGGGCUGCUUUGGUCUGACUGAGCCCAAUCACGGCAGCGACCCUGGCAGCAUGGAGACAAAAGCCAAGUAUAAUGCGUCCAGCCGAACCUUCACCCUCACAGGAUCCAAAACAUGGAUCACAAACUCUCCUUUGGCUGAUAUUUGUGUGGUGUGGGCCAAGUGUGACGAUGGUAAGAUACGUGGUUUUAUUCUGGAAAGAGGCAUGAAAGGUCUCAGCACUCCCAAAAUCGAGGGCAAGUUCUCGCUGCGUGCCUCCUCCACCGGCAUGAUCAUCAUGGACGACAUAGAGGUGCCAGAGGAGAAUCUGCUGCCCAACGUGUCUGGACUCGCGGGUCCAUUUGGCUGCUUGAACAACGCUCGCUACGGGAUCGCCUGGGGAGCGCUAGGAGCAGCAGAGUUCUGCUUCCAUGCAGCACGUCAGUACACAAUGGACAGGAUCCAGUUUGGGGUUCCACUGGCCAGAAACCAGCUGAUACAGAAGAAGAUGGCGGACAUGCUAACAGAGAUAACGCUCGGCCUACACUCCUGUCUGCAGCUGGGCAGGCUCAUCGACCAGAAAAAAGCAAGUCCAGAGAUGAUCUCCAUACUCAAAAGGAAUAGCUGUGGUAAGGCCCUGGACAUUGCCAGACAGGCACGAGACAUGUUAGGUGGCAACGGCAUCGCUGAUGAGUACCACAUCAUCCGCCAUGUCAUGAACUUGGAGGCCGUCAACACGUAUGAAGGUACUCAUGAUAUCCAUGCUCUGAUCCUGGGCAGAGCCAUCACAGGACUGCAGGCAUUCUCUGUGGAGAAGUAAAUCACUAAUCCACUACCCAAAACAGUGCAGCAUUAGUAUUACGAGGGACGUUCAAGUCAUACCGGGACUUUUGAUUGCGCAGAACACAGUUACGAGAGUAAAAACUACGUUAAUUUCUCUAUAUAAUUCCGUGCUACAUUAAUGCACUUAUCCCAGCAUUUUACUAGUGCUUGGAUACCAUUAAGGUAGAAAGGUUUCUCAGUAUGCCGAGCCACGAUCAGAUUACCUGAUUCCUAAGGUGUGACGCCAGCUGAUAUGCUGGCGUCACACCUUAAUUCACAAGAAAUGUCAUCACAAGUUCUGCAUUGACUUAAACGCCCCUCGUACAUUGAAGGUGUAGGAAAGAAGAAAAUACUGUGUAGAAUUGAUGGUUAAAGUGAGAAUAGGUGUUUUUCAUUCUGUGUUAAUUGUCUAUUUAAGUAAUUGGCUUUGUCAAACUGAACUUAUUUUAAGUUUAUCUUUAUUUUAAAUAGAAAAAUAUUUUUGUACUUGGAACAUAAAUCAAUAACGACUUGAUUCUGUAUGUAUAGUACACUGCCUGGACAAAAAAAAAGUUGCACACGCUAAAAGUUCAUUAAGUCACCUUUAGCUUUAAUUACAGCACAAAAUGUGGUGGCUAGCUGAUGUUUAAAAAUGUUUCCUCAUGCUUCCAGAACCACUCUUUCACAAUAUGAGUUAUAUGGCUUUCUUAUGGCAACUUCACCAAGUGUUCAAGUGAUCGCCUUUCAUAAUUUUUUCACAUUUCCACAAAGUUGACGGUUCAGCACUAUCCUUCCAGGUUGUGUUAAAGGAUUCAAAUCUCCUUCUUUGCUUGAUGCAGCCCGAUAAUUUAACCUUUCUGAAAUUGCAACUUUUUUCUUUGGCCAAGCAGUGUAUAACACCAGUUUAAAAACAGUGAGGAAGACAUGAUCAUUCUGAAUACACAAUAAAUUCAGAAAGUUUUAAAAUGUUAUAAUCUGUACGAAUAUUGAAAAACUGAAUCCAGUGAACUUAAGCUAGAGUGUGCAGGUGUUUUGACACUAAUUAUGUUGUUGUUUUACAAAAUAGAUUAUGCUGUUACAAUGGUAGUUUAUUAAAUUAGCAUAUUUCAGUUAGUCAGGCACAGUUAAACUUAUGUUAAAGUUAUUUUUUUCAAAUUCCUGUAAAUUUUAGCCAAUACUUGCAGUGCAGCUUACCAUGGAAUCCAGUAGUUUCUUAAGUUAAAGCUGAUGUUGUAUCACAAUUGUUUGGUUUGUAAAGAAGAAUUAAACAUUGCUCUAAACAAAG